GGUUUCCACCAGUUCUUCAAACUCCAUCGUUGUGUCCCACUCUGUAGCCUCAAUUGUUUCCUCUCCCAACACUUCCAGCAGGAGCUCCAUUCUUUAUCCUGUGGGUGUUCAUCUAUCAGCAGCCACCUCAGUCAUUGCCUCCACGACCAACACUGCUUCAGUUUCACUUUCUGGCUCUGCAUCAUCUGCGGUAAGCAAUAAGUCGGUAACGUCUUUGUCCUUCUCUUCAACCACUGCCACGAAACCGUCACCGACAGCCACACCCCUGACAUCUGUGUCACCGCACAGCACCCUGAAAGCAACGGAUCUCUCUAAAACAUCAGGUAGGCCUCAAAAUCACUCGCAGGGUGAAUCUCACCUCAUGAAACCAGCAGAUAAAUCUCCCACGUCUCCGUCAACUGUGCCCCACUCAUCCUCCAUCAAGUUGUCUCUACCGUCCAGUGGCUCUGUGUCCAAUGGCUCUGUGUCCAAUGGCUCAGCUCAUCCAGUGGCG